AUGAAUAAAACUAUUAUUUCAUUAUGUAUUUUACUGUUGGUUGUUGGAACCGUUCAAUCGGUUACCUACUUGGAGAUGACACCAUAUUCACAAGCUGAUUGUUCGGGCCAGAGUGAGGGAAUUGGGUUCAGUUUGGUUGUGGGACAGUGCUUUGCCAUCGAUCAGACCUUCUACACUGUGGAGUUGAGCAGCGAUCACUCGAAUGCCACCAUGUACCAAUACUCUGACACCGCGUGUAAGGACCGUGUUUCGUAUAGCGACCGUGAUUUCGUAUCGAACUACUGCUAUCAGGCACCAAACUUGGUCUGGAACAACUGGGUCGAAGCCAACAACUACGUGAAGAUCAGCGUCGUCGUCAAUCCACCCUACAUUCCAGAGUAUGGACACAGACAGACCACCUAUGCACCGGGUGACCAGAAUUGCUUCGGUAAUCCACAGUUCUACUGGUAUGCCACCAACAACACCAAGAUCUACUACGACAACCAAGUCGCAGUAUUCAAUUGCUACCACGGCCAAUCCUAUGAGAUUAAAUGUACACCGGGUUGUGCAACCUACAACAUGAUGUUAUCAUGUACCAAUUUCUAUGGUAAUAAAUAUGGUAAUAUUGUAGAGUCAUGUUAG